AUGAGGGGCGGAACCCGUGUGCUGUUCCCACCCUCCAAGCGGACACCGCUGGUGGACAGCCCGCAAGUUGGCAAAGGUCCGUGUGUAUCUGUGGCCAGUGAACUCUGUGACUGUAUCUCUGUGGGCAGUGAACCCUGUGUGACUGUAUCUCUGUGUGAGGCCUGUGGCUGUAUCUCUGUGGCCAGUGAGGCCUGUGACUGUAUCUCUAUGGCCAAUGAAGCCUGUGUGACUGUAUCUCGGUGUGAAGCCUGUGACUGUAUCUCUGUGGCCAGUGAAGCCUGUGUGACUGUAUCUCUGUGGUCAGUGAACCCUGUGACUGUAUCUCUGUGGUCAGUGAAGCCUGUGACUAUAUCUCUGUGUGAAGCCUGUGGCUGUAUCUCUGUGGUCAGUGAAGCCUGUGACUGUAUCUCUGUGGGCAGUGAAUCCUGUGUGACUGUAUCUCUGUGUGAACCCUGUGACUGUAUCUCUGUGGUCAGUGAACCCGGUGACUGUAUCUUUGUGGUCAGUGAAGCCUGUGACUGUAUCUCUGUGGGCAGUGAACCCUGUGUGACUGUAUCUCUGUGGCCAGUGAAGCCUGUGACUGUAUCUCUGUGUGAAGCCUGUGACUGUAUCUCUGUGGUCAGUGAAGCCUGUGGCUGUAUCUCUGUGGUCAGUGAACUCUGUGACUGUAUCUCUGUGGUCAGUGAACCCUGUGACUGUAUCUCUGUGGUCAGUGAAGCCUGGGACUGUAUCUCUGUGUCAGUGAACCCUGUGACUGUAUCAUCUUUGCGGCCUGUGAACCCUGUGACUGCACUAGGAAGCUUUUACUUUCUUCACGAAUCCCUAAAAAACAUCUACCAGUUUGACUUUAAAGCCAAGAAGUAUAAGAAAGUCACUGGCAAGGAGAUCUACUCAGAUACCCUGGAGAGCACGCCGAUGCUUGAGAAGGAGAAGUUCCCACAGGACUACUUCCCCGAGUGCAAGUGGUCAAGAAAAGGCUUCAUCCGGACGCGGUGGUGUAUUGCUGACUGUGCCUUUGACUUGGUGAACAUCCAUCUUUUCCAUGAUGCAUCCAACCUGGUGGCCUGGGAGACAAGUCCCUCUGUGUACUCGGGUGUCCGGCACAAGGCCCUUGGCUAUGUACUCGACAGAAUCAUCGACCAGCGGUUUGAGAAAGUUUCCUACUUUGUCUUUGGAGAUUUCAACUUCCGCCUGGACUCCAAGUCUGUUGUAGAGACACUCUGCACAAAAGCCACGAUGCAGACAGUCCGGGCUGCCGACACCAAUGAAGUUGUGAAGUUAAUAUUUCGGGAGUCAGACAAUGACCGGAAGGUCGUGCUCCAGUUGGAAAAGAAGCUCUUUGACUACUUCAACCAGGAUGUCUUCCGGGACAACAAUGGCACUGCGCUUUUGGAGUUUGACAAGGAGCUGUCUGUCUUCAAGGACAGACUGUAUGAACUGGACAUCUCAUUCCCCCCAAGCUACCCGUACAGCGAGGACCCCAGCCAGGGCCAGCAGUACAUGAGCACCCGCUGCCCGGCGUGGUGUGACCGCAUCCUCAUGUCCUUGUCUGCCAAGGAGCUGGUGCUCAAGUCAGAGAGUGAGGACAAGGUGGCCACCUACGACCACAUUGGACCCAACGUCUGCAUGGGAGACCACAAGCCCGUGUUCCUGGCCUUCCGAAUCGCACCCGGGGCAGGUAAACCUCACGCCCAUGUGCACAAGUGUUGUGUCGUGCAGUGACGUGUUGGAAAGAGGAGCCAGCGCCAGGACCGGGCGCUCGGUGAGCCCUCCCUGUAGCAGUGUAUCAAAGCUACUCCAGCCGCCACCGGUCCCUGCCCAGCGUUGCCUGCCAGACGCCGGCCCACACUUCGCUUCAGCCUCCGCAGCCUGUGGAGCCUCACAUACCUCACCAUUGUGUCUGUUCGUGUGACAUUAAGUAGACAUGCUGGGUUUUUAAAUAAGUCACAGUCCUAUUGCCAAAACUCUAAUAGACAAGCAGAGAUUCUGUAUUUUAGACUCACACUUUUCCAUUUGUCCUGAGUGUCUGUGGAGGAGCUUCUCCAGUGUAGAGCCCGGGAGCCGGGGCCCUUGCCCGGCGGGGGUGGGGCCCGUGGUCUGACUCUACUGCCAUGUGACAUGGCCUCUGAAUCACACUGCAGCUGCUUUCCAUUUUUAUAUAUAUAAAUACAUAUAAAUAUAUACUUUUUAAAAUAAUUUAUAAAUCUUACCAAAACUUACGCUGAAUAUACUUUCCAGUAUGAGUGCACGCGUGUCCCAUCGGCAGGUAGACUGAGGCAGCAGUUGAGUGACACACGCCAACACCAGUUCCCAGACGGAGGACCUGCAGUGCCGGAGAAAUGGCCCCACUACCCAGGUCCCCGCCCUUGUCACUCCGCUGCCUUCCUCUGUGUAAGAUUAAGAACUGAAUGUGAAGUUUGUAGCUAGCCUGGUGUACCUUUUAAGAAUUUUGUAAACCAUUUUGUCUUUUGUUACCGUUUUAUGGUGCCAAGUAUCCUACAUAAAACCAUAAUCUAGUGGGAGAGUUAGAAAUAGCCUCGUCCGCUUCCCACGGAUCGCUUCCAGCAUGGGCCGUGUGUCAAGGGACGCUGGGCUGCCUGUGGCUGCCGGCCUGCGGGGCUGCGGGUGGCCUGCUGCCCACACUCGGCUCCCAGCACUGAGUACCGCGCGGAAGGCAGCCGCAGAGCCUGUUGCCAAAAGAGACACAGCGUGCGUUUAUUGAUUUACUUCUGAACACUACAGUUCCUGGACCGGGCGGAGGCGUGAGUUCGCGUGUUUCUGUGGGAAUCACUACCCUGGAGAGUCACUUGGUGUCCGCAGGCCGGCCUGGGCUUGGGAGGUGUGGUCCGGUCUGCGCAGUGCUGUGGUCUAUGCUUGUCAACAUGCCACAUCUCGGCCACCACUGGAGAUUGUCUGGUUUCCGCUGCAUCCUUCUUCUGAAGGCCUUUGGAAGAGACUGCCCGGUUCCUAAGCAAUAAAAUUGAUCCUGGUGAAAACAGUU